UCUCCUAACGGAUAAAAAGGAGAGGAAGGCUCAGAGGGACGCAUUUGCUCUCUCCUGAUCUCCACUGUAGCCUGCCUGAGCUUUCUUGGGAGGGGAAGGACAGAACCCAGCCCAGUAACCAUGUCGAGAUCUGUACGUUUCAGCUCCGGCUCUGCUGUCUCCCCAGGGAGCUUUAGACAGGUUCGAGUCAGCACUGUCUCCUCGACCCGUGGCUUGGGCGGGGGUGCCGGCUUGGGAAGGGCAGGUGGCUUUGGCAGCUCCAGUCUCUAUAACCUAGGCUCUGCCAACAAGAGGAUUUCGCUGGGCGGUGGAGGAGGCAGCUCCUACAGCGUCCACUCUGGAUAUGGGCUCGGCUCUGGGUACGGCGCAGGAGCCGGUGGUGGGUUCGCACCUGCCGGCAUCCAAGAGGUGACCAUCAACCCGAGCCUCCUGGUGCCCCUCAACGUGCAGAUCGACCCCACCCUCCAGACGGUCCGUAAAGAGGAGAAGGAGCAGAUCAAGACCCUCAACAACAAGUUCGCCUCCUUCAUCGACAAGGUCCGCUUCCUGGAGCAGCAAAACAAAGUGCUGGAGACCAAAUGGAGCCUCCUGCAGGACCAGAAGACCACCCGCAGCAACAUCGCUCCCAUGUUCGAGGCCUACAUCAACAACCUGCGGAAGCAGCUAGACGGGUGGCUGAAUGACAGAGGCCGCCUGGAGGGCGAGCUGAAGAACAUGCAGGAUCUUGUGGAGGAUUUCAGGAACAAGUACGAAGAUGAAAUCAACAAGCGCACGGCAGCAGAGAAUGAGUUUGUCAUUCUGAAAAAGGAUGUCGAUGCUUCCUACAUGAACAAGGUGGAACUGGAGGCCAAGGUAGAUGCCUUGACUGAUGAGAUCAACUUCCUGAGGGCUCUCCACGAAGCAGAACUUCGUGAGCUGCAGGCACAGGUCUCUGACACCUCUGUGGUCCUCACCAUGGACAACAACCGAAACCUGGACAUGGACAGCAUCAUCGCUGAGGUCAAAGCGCAGUACGAGGAAAUGGCUAAGAAGAGCCGAAUGGAAGCUGAGUCCUGGUACCAAACCAAGUUCGAGACGCUGCAGGCCACCGCGGGGAAACACGGGGAUGAACUGCGCAACACCAAGACCGAGAUCACGGAGAUUAACCGCAUGAUCCAUAGACUGCAGGCUGAAAUUGACAGCGUGAAAAGCCAGCGCGCCAAGCUGGAGGCAGCCAUUGCUGAGGCUGAGGAACGUGGCGAGAGGGCCAUCAAAGACGCCAUGGCAAAACAGGAGGAGCUGGAGGCUGCCCUGAAUAAAGCCAAGCAGGACAUGGCCCGCCAGCUGCGGGAGUACCAGGAGCUGAUGAACGUCAAGCUGGCCCUGGAUAUCGAGAUCGCCACCUACAGGAAGCUACUGGAGGGAGAAGAGAGCAGGUUGUCUGGGGACCACGCUGGGAACGUCAGCGUCUCUGUGGUCAAUUCUAGCGCUGGAGGCGGAUACAGCAGCGCGGGUGGGUAUGGCUUCGGAGGAGGAAUCGGCCUGGGAAGCGGAAUGGGCAGCGGGGGACUCUCCUUCUCCUCCGGCGGGAACCCUGGUGGUAUGAAAGCCUACUCUCUGAGAACAACCUCUUCCACCAGAAGAAGUGACAGGAACUAAGCUCCGAAAACCAAGCCCAUCACUGCCGGAAUUUGAGUAAAAAAUAAAUAAAUGGCAUAGAAAGAAAAA